AUGAUCCGUUUCAUCCUCGUGCAAAACCGGCAGGGCAAGACGCGGCUUUCGAAAUUCUACGUUCCCUACGACGACCAAGAGAAGAUCCGACUACGCGGCGAAGUUCAUCGACUGAUCGCACCCAGGGACCAAAAGUAUCAGAGCAACUUUGUUGAGUUUCGCAACUACAAGCUCGUGUAUCGACGUUAUGCGGGCCUCUUCUUCUGCGUCUGUGUCGACGCAAAUGACAACGAACUGGCGUAUCUAGAGGCGAUCCACCUCUUUGUAGAGGUACUAGACGCCUUCUUCGGCAACGUCUGCGAGCUCGAUCUAGUGUUCAACUUUUACAAGGUCUACGCCAUCCUCGACGAAGUCUUUCUUGCAGGCGAGAUCGAGGAGACCUCGAAACACGUCGUGCUCGCGCGCCUGGAUCAGCUGGAAAAGCUCGAUUGA